AUGAUGGGAACUGUCAAGAAGAUGUUUGAAUCGUAUGGAGACGGCAAGGAGAAAUAUCACAAACGGUUAACUGAACUUCAGUUGGGACUAAACACUACCAUAUAUGAUCUUGAAAAACAAGGUAAUUAGUUUGUAUAUUUGUUAUACAGCCAAUGGACCUUUCCCCUUAUAACUAAAAUUUUAAUCUAGACAAAAAUUUCAUCACAGCUUGAAAGAGCAUCACAAAAUUAGUAAUAUUCCAAAGUUUCGUUGCGAAAUGUUCUAAGAUGCUGAUAAUAUAGCCUUGCGAAGUUUGCCGUUUUUCAGUCAUUUUGUAUUACGCACGGGAAAUUGACAGCCCAAUCGGGUGUUGGGGCAUCAAUUUCCCGUUUGUAAUACAAAGUGACUGAAAAUUAUCCGCAUUUUACAACAUUUCGCAACGAAACUUCGGAAGAUUACUCAUUUUGUGAUGCUCUUUCAAGCUGUGAUGAAAUUUUUGUCCAGACUUGUCUAGAUCAAAAUUUUAGUUAUAAGGGGAAAGGUCUAUUCAAAAAAGGUUGUUCUUUGCGAAACCUUAAAUUCUAAACCUUAAACUCUAAGCGCGCAAAGCUUAAUGAGAGCACAAGUUUCAAGCUUAGUAGUUGAAUAUUGCAGCUAUUUGUGAAUGAAUUGUUCUCGUAAGGAGAUAUUUACUUACAUUUUCUGCUUUUCGAAUAGCGAUUAGCGGAACAUCUAUUGUUAGCUCGUGUCGAUUUCUUGAAACGAUUUAAUUAUUUGCAAGCUCACGAGAAACUACUCGGAAAGCUUCACCCAGUUAAAUAUCAUGGUUAAAUAUGUAAACAUGUCGAGGUUAUUAUACAACCAUAUUUUCAAAUAUAUACUGUACCUUAAGAAGCAAUUUACUGUACUGUGCUACAUCAUGCAAAAAAAAAUUCUUAAAAAUUUAUAAAAUAUUUUUUGUUUUGCUUAAAUUAUAAAAUUAUAUGUGGAGACAUACUCAGGGACGAAAGUCAAAACGCAUAUGCCCACGUUAAAGGCAAACCAGUUAUACCCGUUCCUUGCAAGGGUUCGCUGCAGAAGCACAAUACCAGGAACAUAGUAUGUAUUAAACUAUAUCGAUUACAGUAUUAUAACUCUAUUAUGUUGUGUUAUUUCAGUUAUGGACACUCCUGAAUUACGAGAUCGCUUGCCAGACAUCGAGAUGAACAUACGGACAGUUGGCGCAGGUAUAUUGAAUAUAAGUUACUUAAUAUUUGUGAAAGUUAGAAAUUAUCUGCCUAAGGCUAAGCAUAUACGGCCUGUGUUAGGCCCACUUUAUUGUGAAUGCGAACGAAAAAUCAUUCCAAAAACCUUCCCGAAGAACCGAGAAAUCGUGUAA